AAAUUAGUCCAAGUCCAAAGACCUCAAAAUGUAUCGACGCUGCCUCGUUAACAUGCUCCGCCGCCAUUACGGUAUUUUAGCCUGUAAUGGCUGCUCAGGCUUUUUCAAGCGAAGUGUUCGACGACGUCUUAUUUACCGCUGUCAGGCUGGAACAGGCACAUGUGUAGUAGACAAAGCUCAUAGGAACCAAUGUCAAGCUUGUCGUCUCAAAAAAUGUUUGGCAAAGGGAAUGAAUAAGGACGGUCAGUGAAAACAAACAAGCAAGCUGGAAAUAUAUAGAUACUCGCCAGAAAAUAUCUUCGUAAAUACAAACUUUUC